GCUGCGGAGGCGGCGGCUGAGGCUGGCGGGCGCGGAGGAGGGGCCCGAGACUGGGGCGGCUGGCGGCAGCUGCCUCAGUGACGACUGCCGGCAGCGCGGAGACCUGAAGAGACCAAGCGUUAGGCCCCUUCGUCUUCGCCUCUCCCGGCGGUUUUCCUUCCCCUCCUCUCUCAUCAGGGGCGUCAGGAAUGGGCCCCAACUGCCGCGGGCCCUACACCCCGCGGAUCCCGUAGGCCCCAGCAGUGGGAGGCUGGCCGGCCGGCCUCUCAUCACUCCUCACCCCAACCUAACCCAGCCAAGCCGUCCCCACCCCAAAUCCCCGGGAAGAAGAUGAGGGAGACGGGCCCGGCACUCAGCAGCCAGAGCAGCAGCAGCAGCAGCAGCAGCAGCGGUCGGGGGAGGGUGUUUCGCCGUUUCCUCUCAGCCGCCAGGACAAGAUGGCAGCGGCCGCGGAGAGGGGCUGAGCCCGGGCUGGGUGGUGCCGCCUGCUGAAGCGCCUGGCUCCCUGUCCUCGGCACGGCCCCGCACCCCACCCCGGACAUGCUCAGGGCUGCGGCCGCCCGAAGAGGGGAGAGCACAGGCCUCUAGGAAGGUAUGGCCUCACAAGUCUUGGUCUACCCACCAUUUGUUUAUCAAACUCAGUCAAGUGCCUUUUGUAGUGUGAAGAAACUCAAAGUAGAGCCAAGCAGUUGUGUAUUCCAGGAAAGAAACUAUCCACGGACCUAUGUGAAUGGUAGAAACGUUGGAAAUUCUCAUCCUCUCACGAAGGGUAGUGCUUUUCAAACAAAGAUAGCAUUUAACAGACCUCGAGGACACAACUUUUCAUUGCAGACAAGUGCUGUUGUUUUAAAAAACACUGCGGGUGCUACAAAGGUAAUAGCAGCUCAGGCGCAGCAAGCCCAAGUAGAGGCACCUCAGAUUGGGGCGUGGAGACAUAGGUUACAUUUCCUAGGAGGCCCUCAGCGAUGUGGAUUGAAGCGCAAGAGUGAAGAGUUGGAUAAUCAUAGCAGCGCAAUGCAGAUUGUCGAUGAAUUGUCCAUACUUCCUGCAAUGUUGCAAACCAACAUGGGAAAUCCAGUGACAGUAGUGACAACUACCACAGGAACAAAGCAGAAUUGUACCACUGGAGAAGGUGACUAUCAGUUAGUACAGCAUGAAGUCUUAUGCUCCAUGAAAAAUACUUACGAAGUCCUUGAUUUUCUUGGUCGAGGCACUUUUGGCCAGGUAGUCAAAUGCUGGAAAAGAGGGACGAAUGAAAUUGUAGCAAUCAAAAUUUUGAAGAAUCAUCCUUCUUAUGCACGUCAAGGUCAAAUAGAAGUGAGCAUAUUAGCAAGACUCAGUACUGAAAAUGCUGAUGAAUAUAACUUUGUACGAGCUUAUGAAUGCUUUCAGCACCGUAACCAUACUUGUUUAGUCUUUGAGAUGCUGGAACAAAACUUGUAUGACUUUCUGAAACAAAAUAAAUUCAGUCCCCUGCCACUAAAAGUAAUUCGACCCAUUCUUCAACAAGUGGCCACUGCACUGAAAAAAUUGAAAAGUCUUGGUUUAAUUCAUGCUGACCUCAAACCAGAGAAUAUUAUGUUGGUGGAUCCUGUUCGGCAGCCUUACAGGGUUAAAGUAAUAGACUUUGGGUCGGCCAGUCAUGUAUCAAAGACUGUUUGUUCAACAUAUCUACAGUCUCGGUACUACAGAGCUCCAGAGAUUAUAUUGGGGUUGCCAUUUUGUGAAGCCAUAGACAUGUGGUCAUUGGGAUGCGUGAUUGCAGAAUUAUUCCUUGGAUGGCCGCUCUACCCAGGAGCCUUGGAGUAUGACCAGAUUCGAUACAUAUCUCAGACUCAAGGUUUACCAGGAGAACAGUUGUUAAAUGUGGGUACAAAAUCCACAAGAUUUUUUUGCAGAGAAACAGAUAUUUCUCACUCUGGUUGGAGAUUAAAGACACUAGAAGAACAUGAAGCAGAGACAGGAAUGAAGUCUAAAGAAGCCAGAAAGUACAUAUUCAACAGUCUGGAUGAUAUUGUGCAUGUGAACACAGUGAUGGAUUUGGAAGGAAGUGAUCUUUUAGCUGAGAAAGCUGAUAGAAGAGAAUUUGUUAGCCUGUUGAAGAAAAUGUUGCUGAUUGAUGCAGAUUUAAGAAUUACCCCAGCUGAAACUUUGAACCAUCCUUUUGUUAAUAUGAAACAUCUUCUAGAUUUUCCUCAUAGCAACCAUGUAAAGUCCUGUUUUCAUAUUAUGGAUAUUUGUAAGUCCCACCCAAAUUCAUGUGAUACAAAUAAUCACAAUAAAACUUCACUUUUAAGGCCAGUUUCUUCAAACAGUACUGCUAAUCUCACAGCAAAUUUUACUAAAAUUGGCACAUUAAGAAGUCAGGCAUUGACCACAUCUGCUCAUUCAGUUGUGCACCAUGGAAUUCCUCUGCAGGCUGGAACUGCUCAUUUUGGUUGUGGUGAUGCUUUUCAGCAGACGCUGAUUAUCUGUCCCCCAGCUAUUCAAGGUCGAAAUGAGUAUGCCAUUCCGAAUUUUCUUGAAGCAUGUAAACCAUCAUGGCCGUUGAAGUGCGGAGUCCUGAUACAGUCCCUUUGGUGCCAAGAGUGUAUUCCUGCAACACAUGGUAAACCCACUAGUUAUUCAAUAAGGGUAGAUAAUACAGUCCCACUUGUAACUCAGGCCCCAGCUGUGCAACCACUACAGAUCAGACCAGGAGUUCUUUCUCAGCAGACAUGGUCUGGUAGAACACAGCAGAUGCUGGUGCCUGCCUGGCAACAGGUAACACCUUUGGCCCCUGCUACUGCUACAUUAACUUCUGAGGGUGUGGCUGGUUCACAAAGACUUGGAGACUGGGGGAAAAUGAUUUCACACAGCAAUCACUUUAGCUCAGUGAUGCCGCAACCUCUUCUAACCAAUCAGAUAACUUUAUCAGCUCCUCAGCCAAUUAGUGUGGGCAUUGCACAUGUUGUCUGGCCUCAGCCUGCCACUACCAAGAAAAAUAAACUAUGUCAGAACAGAGGUAUUUUGGUAAAACUAAUGGAAUGGGAGCCAGGAAGAGAGGAAAUAAAUGCUUUCAGUUGGAGUAAUGCGUUGCAGAAUACCAAUAUCCCACAUUCAGCAUUUAUUUCUCCAAAGAUAGUAAAUGGGAAAGAUGUCGAGGAAGUAAGUUGUAUAGAGACACAGGACAAUCAUAACUCAGGAGAGGCAAGAAAUUGUUGUGAAACAUCUGUCAGGCAGGACUCUGAUUCAUCAGUUUCAGACAAACAGCGGCAAACCAUCAUCAUCGCUGACUCCCCAAGCCCUGCAGUGAGUGUGAUCACUAUUAGCAGUGACACUGAUGAGGAAGAGACGACACAGAGACAUUCUCUCAGAGAAUGUAAAGGAAGCCUAGAUUGCGAAGCGUGCCAGAGCACUUUGAAUAUCGAUCGGAUGUGUUCAUUAAGUAGUCCUGAUAGUACUCUGAGCACCAGCUCCUCAGGGCAGUCCAGCCCAUCCCCUUGCAAGAGACCUAACAGUAUGUCAGAUGAAGAGCAGGAAAGUGGUUGUGAUACUGUGGAUGGCUCUCCAACAUCAGACUCUUCGGGACAUGACAGUCCAUUUGCAGAGAGCAGUUUUGUAGAGGACACUCAUCAAAAUGCAGAACUGGGAACCUCUGCCAACACAGAAACCAAACCAGCUGUCUGUACUGUUGUGGUGCCACCAAUGGGAUUAGAAAAUGGAUUAAUUGCCGAUGAGCAUAUGGCAAACACAGAUUCUAUAUGCCAGCCAUUAAUAAAAGGACGAUCUGCUCCUGGAAGGUUGAACCAGCCUUCCACAGUGGGUAAUCGUCAGCAAAAACUGACAUCAGCAUUCCAGCAGCAGCAUUUGAAUUUCAGUCAGGCUCAGCAUUUUGGAUCUGGGCAUCAAGAGUGGAAUGGAAACUUCGGACAUCGAAGACAGCAUGCUUACAUCUCUACUAGUGUUACCAGUAAUCCGUUCACUCUGUCUCACGGAAGUCCCAACCACACAGCCGUGCACGCGCACCUGGCUGGAAGCACGCACCUCGGAGGACAGCCCACUCUACUUCCUUACCCAUCAUCAGCUGCCCUCACUAGUGCUGCACCAGUGGCCCACCUCUUAGCCUCUCCAUGUACCUCAAGACCUGUGUUACAGCAUCCAACUUAUAAUAUCUCCCAUCCUAGUGGCAUAGUUCACCAGGUCCCAGUGGGCAUAAAUCCCCGUCUGUUACCAUCCCCAACCAUUCAUCAGACUCAGUACAAACCAAUCUUCCCACCACAUUCUUACAUUGCAGCAUCACCUGCAUAUACUGGAUUUCCAUUGAGUCCAACAAAACUCAGCCAGUAUCCAUAUAUGUGAAAACUCAAAAGGAGCAUAUUGAGGAAGCUCAAUGAUAGAAACAUUUGAUUAAAAAUAAAAACAUGGUAUUUAAUAAAUAUUAGCCAUGGCACAAGAAAAUUAUUUUUGAAUCAUGUAGACUUGGGUGCAAUUUAAACAACUUUGAGCUUUAAAAAAACUCACUUUUAAUGUGUUUUGCACAUUUGGUAUAACUUGUCUUUGGUCAUGUUAUCUUCUUAUGUAGUAACUCUAGACAGGUGACUUAUGGGAGCAGAAGUCCACUUUUGCUCCUGCUAUUUUUUAUAAAAUUGCCUUCUAACUAGUGCAAGACACGUCCACAUUUGGGAAGCCAUUCUGUGUACAGACUUAGAGCAACAGAUGCACAUAUGUCAGAAUUUCAGCAUACAAAAUUGUAUUAUCUGUGUCUUAGUGUAUAAAUGUUGGGUCACUUACCUGAGAAAUUGAGCUAUUGUUCUUUACAUUUGCAUGUGUCUUUGCAUGGGCAAAAUAUUGCCUAAACUUUGCUCUUAAAUGUUGUUCUAAUAAUCUCAGCUGCAUUGUAAACCGUUCCCACACAUAGUGCCUUAAAUAUUUGAGGUUGUUAAUGUUAUUACCUAUAUAUAAAUGUUGAGGACUGCAGCACUUAAAAAUCAGAUCUACUCUUUAGUUUUCUUUUAAUAGAGUAAUGUUCAUUUUGGUUUUGUGUGGUAUGAUUUCAGGUUGUAGCUGUUUUUUCCUUAUUAAGAGGGCAGCAUGUUUGCUAUAGCUGAAUUGAAUUCUGCUGUCUGAUUUUUCAGAAUGAUCUAGCUUCAAGAAAAGCAAGCAGUUAGUAGUGCUUAAGAAAAAUUGAUUCAGUAUCUAAUGGAUAGUUGAUAUCUGUCACAACACAGCAUUUUAUAUACUGUUAAGUAACUGCAAUACAAUCUAAGUUUAUUUUGGGAGUGUUUGCUGUAUAAUUGGGUUUAAUAAAAUAUUUAGAGGUGCAGUAGGCAUGACUUUGAGUAGAUAAUGAAAGAAAAUGCAAAUUGCUCAUUGAUUCAUGAUGUGGUUUCACCUUAGCUUGGGCAAACCAUGCAGUAUUUAAUAAGUAGUAGCAGAAUAUUUACUAUUGAAGCUUGAAAAGAUGUGAGUUCUUUGUGUGCAAUUUUUUCAUUUAUGCAUGUGAGAGGGUUGUUGUUUUUUUAAAAGUAUUUUUACAUUGUAGUACUUGUUUUGCUUGUUGGUGGUGUUUGCUUAUUUAAUACAUUCCGUCAGGGACAGAAAUUACAUGCUUUUCUUCCUAGGAAGUGUGUCUUGGGUUUUUCCUUUCUUAUUCUUUCUUUCUUUCUUUCUUUUUGUUUGUUUUUUUGGUGAUGGUGAUGAUAUUUAAAUGAAGUUGCUUUUACAGCACCAAAGACUUAAUCAUCCAUUUCCUAUAUAAAAGGUAGCUACUUUUUGCAUAGACCUCAAGUAUAUUGUAGUGUACAGGUGGAACUUAAGGAAAGGUAUUAAACAGGCUGUGUUUUAGCUUAUGGGCAAGUAAUAAAUUGUAUCAUUUAUCUUGAAUGUAUCAUAGAUAAGCUGCUAUAUAACGAUUGCCACUUCAGAUAGCUGUGAAAUUAGGUGAUUAACUAGUUGUUAUUUAGCCUUCUAAUUUCUGUAUAAGUCUAAUUACAUGAAAUAGAAGUUGGGGUUUUGAUUUUUUUACUUUGCUUUUCUGUUUGGAGUGUCAUUGUAACUACUGUAUUGUAAAUGAUGGAAAAUAAUUGCAUAUGUUAUUUUGGGGUGUGUUAAUUGCAUCAGUAUUUUAUCUCUAUUAAUGUUUGUGCUCAUCACUGCAUAUAAAAAACUUGGAUGUAUCAAUGUAACUUAAUUUUUUAUUUUCAUACUGGCAUUGUAGACACUUGAGAAAGCUGUAUCUUGCAGGCUUGACUUAACUUUUUUUCCUUAAAAAUCUGGAAUAUAAUCUUACAGCAUUUACUGGAAUAAACAGUACAAAGCAUUUGAGUGUAAAACUCUCCAAAUGUUUUGGAUUUAUAGCAUUUCUUUGAUAAAUGAAUUGCAUACCACUAGUACAGCUCUAGUACAUCGUUGACAAUAAGCUAAUAAUGGACAAACUUUUCUUUACUCCAUUAACACAAGCAGUGUUUUAUUUAAUAAUCAUCAAUGAAAUAAAUGUGCCUGAAAUUGAUUUUAAAAAUUACAGUAUUAGGUCAUAAAAUAAAAACCAGCAGUACAUUUUUAGUCACACUGAAAAUGAAGGACUUAAUUUUCCCCACAAGUUUCAGUGUUUUUAGUAAUCAAUUCUAUGCAUUUUAUAUAAAUAGAAAUAUAUAUUACACAUAAAAAAGGAGUAGCCUAAGAUUAAUUUAAAAGAUUAUUUACAGAUGGCAAUGUAUGGAGUUACUAUUUAAGUAAAUGUUGUCCUCCACAGCCUUCUAGUUUUAUUUAUGUGGUCCAGCAGGUUACUGGUAUGUGCUCACUUUUUGGAAAAGAAUCAAUGCUGGCAGCAGAUGUUUCAGAAAUAAGUGCAAAGGAUUGAUUGAUUGAUGCUCGUACCACAGAAGGUACAAACCUGGUGCGGUUUGCUUUUUGUUCAGGACCAUGUUCACUACCCUGAAAUGUCCUAUUUCCUGUAUUUCACUUCCAAGACUGAGAUGGUCUUGUUAAACAGACAGCAAACAGUAACCUUCAGUGUUUUCAUAAUAGUAAUGUCGAUAAAGGCAUACCCCAGUUAAGUACAUUGCUCUUAACUGAUUCUAAUCAUGGGUUUUUUAUGUAUUUAAAAAUAAAAAUUGUUAAAAUCUGUGAAAACCUAAAGCAUCUUGACAAAAAAAAAAAUCUGGAUUUAUACCUUCUUUAAAGCCAUUUUAACCAGUUUUCUUUGGUUUUAAUGCUUUCUUAAAUAAAACACUGCAUGAAUUUCAAGUUACAUAUUUGCAUAUUAUUUUGAUUUACAAUUUUUUUUAUCAAAUAUCCUGAUAUUUAGUUUUCUUUUUCUUCAGGGUAUUUAAGUAUGUUACUGUAGUAGCAAAACCUUUUCAUUUUUAAAAAUCUCUACUACUAACUUUAAACUUGGUUUGCGAUAAGUAAAAGUUAAAUCAUACACUGCAAGUGUAGGAGGAUUUGUUUUAACAAAACCCAAUGAUAGAUUUGAUUACUAAGUUUGAACUGUUAACUGUUUGAUAAUUUUAGACUUGUGGCUUUCUUUCUUUGGUUAGUUUGUUUUUGCUUUUACUUCUAUGCUACACUAGUUUGCCAUGUAGCAGUUGCACUGUGCAAUAUUACAAUAAGGACUGGGAAAAUUUUUAUGGAUGUAAUGUCUAUUACAGUUUGCGAUAGUAUUUCUCUCUAGUUCUCAGUGAUUUAAAUGUGACCAAGCCUUCUGUACUUUGUCACAAAAAGCGGGUUUUCCAGGUGACUAUUUUGGUGAGUGUCAAAAUAAGAAUUUAUGGUGUAUUAACUGUCGAUUCACUUUGAAUUAAAAUAUAUAUAUUGCAGCAAA